CUGACGUCAGCUGACUGCCUCAGCUCUCCGUUCCUCUGGACACAGCGCCGCGUAAAAAUGCUGCUCUCUGUGCCGCCAAGGACAGGAAUCAACCCAUACAACGGCUUCUCCGGCAAAAACACCAGGCAGACGUAUGUGUCCCCCUCCAACCAUCACAUGGCUCCCCCAAGCCCCAACAACAACCACAAUAACAAUUCCACUACCAACUCCAUCAGCAGCAGCAGCAGCAGCAGCAAUGGGGGAGAGCAGCUGAGCAAAACCAACCUUUACAUCCGCGGCCUCCAUCCAGGGACCACAGACCAGGAUCUGGUCAAACUCUGUCAGCCGUAUGGGAAAAUUGUAUCCACCAAGGCCAUCCUGGACAAGACUACAAACAAGUGCAAAGGCUAUGGCUUUGUGGACUUUGACAGUCCGGCCUCUGCUCAGAAGGCGGUGACGGCGCUGAAGGCAGGUGGAGUUCAGGCUCAGAUGGCCAAGCAACAGGAGCAGGACCCCACAAAUUUAUACAUCUCCAACCUGCCUCAGUCCAUGGACGAGCAGGAGCUGGAGAACAUGCUGAAGCCCUUCAGCCAGGCCAUUUCCACUCGCAUCCUCCGUGACGCUAAUGGAACCAGCCGGGGAGUGGGCUUUGCCAGGAUGGAGUCAACAGAGAAAUGUGAAGCCAUCAUCCAACACUUUAAUGGAAAAUAUAUUAAGACUCCACCUGGAGUUCCAGUGCCGUUAGAGCCACUGCUGUGUAAAUUUGCCGAUGGAGGCCAGAAGAAGCGUCAGAGCCAAGGGAAAUAUCUGCAGAAUGGCCGGCCCUGGGCGAGAGAUGGGGAGAAUUCCUUUGUCUUUUUCCUCAAGGGAGGAAUGACCCUAACCUAUGACCCCACCACAGCCUUACAGAACGGGUUCUACUCCUCUCCUUACAGCAUUGCCCCAAACCGGAUGCUUGGACCGUCCUCCCUCUCCCCAUACAUGCAUUCACCUGUGUCCACAUACCAGGUACACAACCCAUCCUGGCUACAUCACCAAUCAUACAUCAUGCCGCCCACAGGAGCAGUCCUGACACCAGGAAUGGACCACACCAUGUCCAUGCAGCCCACCUCCAUGAUGGGGCCCCUGACGCAACAGCUCAGCCACCUCUCCAUGGGCAGCAGUGGCACAUAUAUGCCUGCUAACACAUCUAUGCAGGGGACUUACAUCCCCCAGUACACCCAAGUGCCUGCCACCAACAUCUCAGUUGAGGAAAGUGCUGUCCAACCACCUGUUGCCAUAGAGACACCCACAGAACACACAACCUACUCCUACCAGCAUAACAAGUGAAGAGAUCUUCCUCUGGAGCCAGAACGACCCUCAGAAGGGGCCCACGUGCUGAAAACGUGCACAGUGACUCUACAAGCAGCAGUCGCUCUGGGGGAACAAAAACUGUUACACAGAAAGGACAAGCAAAAGAUAUUUUCUCCAAACUCAUAAUUUCAAACAAACUCCUUUUCUCCAAGCAAGCGAAGCUUAAAGAGCGCAUCAACCAGGAAAUGAAAUAUCUGAAGAAGGGGCAUCCAUUUAGAUAAAUGGAAGUUUAGAGAAGGACACAAACACACACUACACAAGUUUCAAAGGUUUCUGAACCAGGGAACUUUUCAACACCAUGCUUUAUGUUUUUACCUUUUGUAAGAUAUACUGUUUUCACUUCACUUUUUUGUCUGAUACUUUCAUGAUUUGAACCUGCCUUUUUGUACAUAAUUCUUCGUUUUGCUGUGUUUCUCGCUCCAUGUGUCCUACUUUGAUCGCUGCAAAUAUUUGAAUACACAAGGCUCGAAAAAACAAGCAGAAGUCUUUGAAAAAGCUGAUGAAUCGUGCUGUCGAUGGAUAUGGUGCUGACGUAAAUUAGUUUCUCUCAAGGCUCAUCAGGUGUUAAACCUCAGCUGAAGCCGUAUUGCUUCUUUUUUGGCACUUCUCUCAUAGUUUAUAGUUCUAACAAUCUCGAUAAAAGCUUCAGACAAUCAGGCGAAAAACAAGGAAGAGAAAUUUAAGAGGGAUAACGGUCAUUUAGAAAAGACAUCUUUAAGAUUGGCUGAAUCGAUUUCUAGCAUUCCAGAGAUUUCAAAGAAAGUUCUAGAUAUGUGAUCCUUUUGAGCUGCUCCUUAUGAUUAAAUCCAAAGUUUCUUAACAGGGAUCACAUCUCACACAGAGCUGCCUGUAAAUAAGAGAUUUAAAUGUAUUGUCAGCUUUGAUUUGAUUUCCUCCCCUCUGAAGUAAUGCCGCAGUUAUUUGAAAACGUAUGACCAAACGUGUCCAUUUGAUGUACAAUUGUUUUUUCCUCACAUCCCCUGUAUAAAAAGGGGAACUGGAUGGGACUAGAUCCUGAAAAUGUAGUUUCUAAAGCAAUGACAGGAUGUUUAAAUCACAGCAUGAAGUGUUUCCUAGACAGACACAGAGAUCAAAUGGUAAAGUGUAGCUCUGUCCUGUUUAAUUUUCAGAAGAAAAAAAACACAACCAAGGUGGAUUAUAAUGACCAGUAUAGAGAUUCUUUCAUACUGGCUGUUGCUGUUUCUAAAUUUCUGUUUUUCACUUUCAUGUUUUUUUUGUUUUUACAUUUCUUAUUUCCUUUUUUUAUUCAGUUUUGAAGAUUUGUCCUAUUUUUCAAAGAUUCUUUGGUUUUAUUUUUAUAGUGUGUUGUGUGCUUUGAAUAGUGAGAUUUAGAUGUUUUGAGCUUUGUUUUUUUUGUUUUUUUUAAUUUGGAAAGAGAUUUGUUGUAUGUUUGCAUUCUGUUCUUAGUCUGGUUUCCGUUUUGAUGACUAAGAGGCUUUAUUGUUUUUCUAUCAGUCGUUUCAGUUACGUCUGUGUCACAGAUGACGGCACUCCUAAACACAGAUGAAUCAUGUAUGCCAGGUUCAGAUGCAUUGUUACAGAGUUGUGCCCUAAGCAUUUGGGAUCAAUGUAACAGAAUAUGUUCAAUAACCUUGACUUACCUCAUCCUGCCAGAGCAAUGUAGAUCCAGUUUGUGUCCAAGGUUCACAGGCAAUAACCAACGACUGCAGGUCUCAUGGCUUUUCACAGCUGGUACUGUGUCCACCUCCUUUAACUCUUCCGUCCAAUGUUCGGAAAACAUGCCCAAGGUCUGACGAUCUAUGCAAUUUAUUUAUUAUCCUUAUAAAUGCAAUACUACAGAUAUCCGAGAAACACCUCACAUUAUGACUUCACAUCCUAGCUCACAUGACGAUCAUUUUAUAUAAUACAGAAAAGGUUUGUUUUCUGACAGACAUGUUCAUCUAUGGUUCAUUCAUUGCUACAUUAAAAGGGAAAUAUUUCAAACCAAAAAGUGGUCCUUCAUAUGACUGUCAGAAAUUUAGGAACUCUAUCAAAUCUGUGGCUGGUGCUCUUUAUGUGAAUGGAUGGCUCACUUGUCUAGUUUACUUUUAUUUUGAAAGGACACUAUAGGUUUUUUCUUAGAUGUUAAUUAAUUCUCCAUCCCAUCCAGCUGCAGUUUUUAUGUUGGGAUUAUGUCUCCUCCUGUUUGUUAACUUUCUUGCUGAGUCACUGAUGUCUGUUUUUUUUUUUUUUAAACCAUGGAACAGUUUAUUUCCAGGAGAACGUUAAACUUCACAGAAAUGCCUUAAAUUUCACUGGAAGGGACGGUGAAGUGCUACUAACAUUUAGUGUUCUAGAACUCAGACUGGAAAAAAAUCGAAUUCAUGCACUGCUGAUGUUGAAGAGAUUUUGUUUUAUAUUGAAUUAAUCUGAACAGAGAUCUAUGAAGCAAAUAACUAUUUACAACUUUAGAUUGCUUUUUUUUUAAAUUUGCCAUUAUUUUAACCAAACUAUUGAAGAAAACUCGUGACACUUAACGGUAAGUAAAAGGAUAAACUAUUGCUGCUAAUUUUGGAUUGCUAAAUAUUUAGAAAUAUUUUAGCUGAAGGUCAUGAAAGUUGAAAGUCACACAAGGUCAGUUUGCUGUUUAUUUUUCAUUUUUGUCUGUGCUUGUCAGUCUGCUUUGUGAAACAACCUACCCUCAGUUAAUGUUUAUCUGUGCCAUCAUACAGGUCUGUCUUGAUAGAAAGAAAAUCCUACAGCUAUUAAACUUUUAACUUGGUUUGAUUUUAAGCUUGUCUUUUUUUUUUUUAAAUAAAAGUUUUUCACUGUG